GUCAAAUAUGUGUAGUCUAGUUUUUCUUCACAAAUUUUUGACAUCUUUCCCGUGAGCUCAUAUUGGAUAUAUUUUUUUUUUAAAUUAAAAAAUGUUGGGGCUCCAAAGAAUUGCUAGUGGAUUCACCACCCAUUGGCUAAGACGUACCUAUAGUUCAUCUAUUAAAACGGCUACAAUUGGCUCCACAACAACGACAGUUUCAGAGCAGUCAGUUAGCGCAGAAUCAAAUGAUAAGACUCCAAAAAGUCGAAUUGUUGCGGCAGCUUUUCAGUCAUUAAAAGAAGAUGACACUAAUCAAUCUGGUGAAGCUGCUGCUUCCUCUGGAGCAGCUUCCAGCUCCUCUCCAAAAUCAAAUAAUAUCGAUGAACGAAUAUUGAAUGCAAAAACUGUAAAUGGUUUGUUAUCUGUAUCAGAAAAUACGUCGACAAUUUCCAGAAAACAUGCUUUGAAAAUUGUCUCAAUUUUGGCUGAAUGGAGUUCGGCAAAUCGUGUACGAUUGUCAGAAUUUGAAAAUGAUUCCAGGUUUAUCAAAGUUUGUAAAAUAUUGGGGAAAACUUUUCCACGAAAUGGAAAUGGUUUUGGUGCAGCAAAUGCUGCAGUUAAUAAUAACAAAAAUAACAACAAUAACAACGGAAACAAACGUAUAUCCGGUUUCCGGACAGAUGAUUUGAAUACAGUUUUAGGUGUGGCUGGAGAUGAUGAAGCGGCAAAGUUAAUUGCUAGUAUAAGUGUGCCACAAAUGGUUAAAGUGAUGAGUACUUUGGCACAGCGAAAGCGACGAAGCACACCUUUAUUAAGAUCUCUUGCUUAUAAUAUAAGUAGCAGUACGGAGCAAUUGGAUAUUAAGCAGAGUGCUGAUGUUUUAUUCGCUAUGGCUAGCUUGAAUUUUCAGGAUUCUGUGUUGGCGGCAAAGAUUUGUUCGGAUAUUCAAGUUGCACUUCCGAAGACAGAUAAAUCAGCUGUUGUUGGUUCGAUACUGACUAGUUUGGGAAUUUUGAAAUACAGAGAUUUGGAUGUCUUAGAAGUCCUCACGCAAUGGGUACUGAAAAAUUGUGAAAUAUGCCGGCCACAGGACUUAAGUGCGUACUUUAUUACAUCAGCAAUUCUUAACUUUCAAAGUAGUGCAGCCGAUGAAGUACGUUCAAAACUUCUCAAAAGCCUAGUCAAAGAAGAUUUCACCAAAAAAUUUGAUUGGCUUAAUCAUGUUUGGGCGUUGGGAUUACUUAACUAUGCCGAUUCAACUCAUCUUGAUUCGGUUUUAAGUGAACAGUUCAUCGAACAGUUAUCAUCUGAAAUGUCCGGUCUAACGCCAAAUGCUAAAAUGAAGCUUCUCAACUUGAAUAGCAUUGCCAAGAUCCUCACAGAUAACAAACAAGUCGCUGGCUUGAAAGAAGUCAGUUCUGUAUUUGAUUUAAAUAUCGCUCAUUCAAAAACCAAACAAAUUCAACUGAAUGCAAUGUUGGAUGCGUUAAAGAGUCUUAUCCCAUCGAGUAAUCAUGUGCAACCUCUGGUGAAUACGAAAAUGGGUUUCCUUAUAGAUGCUCUGUGUGCAUUCGAUGCUAAAAGGAAUCCACUGCCUUUGGAUAAAGAAAAUCCAAAUGCCAUUAAAGUUGCUAUAAUGUCGGUUGAUUUUCAUGACAUCUGCCAUGGACCACAUCGAUCAGUGAGUGGCAUUACAAAGCUGAGCUUUGAUUUGCUAGAAAAAAGUGGUCACAAGGUGCUACCUGUACCAUACAAUGAAUUUAGUAUAAGUGACAAACUCCUGAAGCGAGUGCAGUAUUUGGAAGGCAAAUUUAAAUCAAUUAUAAGAGUAACAAAUUGAAACAAUUGAGAGUGUUGUUGGUGAGAGAACAAACAAAAGGUCAGUGGACCUGGAGGCGACAUACACAAAAAACAAAACUAACAACUUAUUGUAAUUAUUUUUAAUGUAAUGUUAAAUUUUGAAAACAUAAACCAAAACAGAAUCAAAAAAGUUCCUUUUUUC